AUGGGAAACUUGGGCAGUUUGGUCAGCCCACCACCACCGACUCAGCACAGCCAGCCCCCGCAUCACCAUGAGCCGUGGAGGCCAAGUGUUGACAAGAUGUCCGCCUUGCACCUGCUCCGCUCCCGUGAGACACCGAUGGGACUCAUGCCUGAACUGGUCAACGCCACCAUCGGCCACCAGAUAUCCAGCGCACGCGAGCUCACCCUGCUGCUCGCGUCGUUUGCGAGGCGAGCCUUGUGGCGGUCAGCUGUUGUUCUCCUUUCACAAGCACGUGCUGUCGUGGAUAUGCCAGCUCUGGGCGCUGCUCUGGCUGCUUGCGAGAGAGGCAGCCAAUGGAGCGUUGCUGCAGCACUCCUGGAGGACUUCCAGUCGCAGCUCCUGUCGCCGGAUGAUGGAGCGGCUGCGUCGGUUCUGGCAGCAGCUUGGAUGGCAUCAUGA